AUGGCCGAAAACUACCAAGUCAUGGAGGAGCUGGGCAGCGGGAGCUUUGGAAAGGUGUUCAAGGCCAUUGACCGUACUACCGGCGAGACAGUCGCCAUCAAGCACAUCGACCUCGAAGACAGCAGCGAAGAGCUGGCCGACAUCCAAGCCGAGAUCUCCCUACUGAGCACUUGCCACAGCCCAUACAUCACCGAAUACAAGACUAGCUUCGUCAAGGGCGUAAAGUUAUGGAUAGUCAUGGAGUAUCUGGGGGGAGGAUCUGCCGCAGACUUGUUGGCACCAGGAACUUUCAGCGAAGCGCACAUCGCCAUCACAUGCCGGGAACUCCUGCUCGGACUAGACUACCUACACUCCACGGGCAAGAUCCAUCGGGACAUCAAGGCCGCCAACGUACUUCUCACAGACCAAGGCAAAGUCAAGCUCGCUGACUUCGGUGUCGCCGCACAACUCACGAAUAUCAAAUCGCAACGCAUGACCUUCGUCGGUACACCGUUCUGGAUGGCGCCCGAGGUUAUUCAAGAGGCUGGCUAUGAUUUCCGGGCCGAUAUCUGGUCGCUCGGUAUUACUGCUAUGGAAUUGGCAGAGGGCGCACCACCACACGCUGGGUCGCACCCCAUGAAGGUGCUCUUUACCAUCCCGAAGAACCCAGCACCGAGACUAGAGGGCGACGAAUGGAGCAAGGACUUCAAAGACUUUAUUGCCCAAUGUCUCAUCAAGGACCCGGACCGACGUGCGACCGCGAAGGAGCUACUCAAACAUCGAUUUGUCCAACGUGCGGGUAAAGUAGAGGCACUCCGUGAGCUGGUCGAGCGCAAGCAGAUGUUCGACGCCCAAAGAGAACAACAAGCGGCAUCGCACCCCAAGUACUACGAAGAGACUAUGGUUGACCUCUCCCCUAGAGGUGAAGAAGACGAUUGGGACUUUGACACAGUCAAGCGGGGUACAGUUCAGGCACGCCAGACCUUGAAACAGCGUCGCAAACUGGCCCGCAUACCCUCCUCGGGCAAUGAAGAGGUCGAGAGCAUGAUGCAACAGAUGGACCUCAACGCAGCACCGUUGGGCGACAUUACAGAUUCACCACUUCCAGCACGCCGACGACCGUCUUCUCGAAGAUCUUCCCAAGCCACGGCUUUCCGCGUUCCUUCAGGCGAUACACCAACCGCCCGUCGCGUCAGCAACUUCAAUAAGUCGCCGCUGGGUGUGGAUAUGACAUUUGGAAACUCACCCUCAACUGUACGACACUUCAAGCGUGUCUCGUCGGACGAGCGUCGUGCAGCACUUCGCUCAACCCCUUCGCCGGUCGCUCAGAACAACCAGUCCUUCCACCCAAACCCAGAAGCACGCACCUUCCGUCCAUCACCUCCAACGUCCAACCACCCACUGGACCUGAACAACGAGAACGAGCCACCUGCGCCCGACGGUCACAUGCCCAUCACGAAGGAUGCAUUAUACGGUCGCCGAGCGUACAGCAAGGUCCUAGAUUCUGUGUUCCAAGAGGCACAUGCCGACACAGCAUCGCCUCAUCAACGGGACGCUAUUGGACGUGUAGCGCAAGCCUGGCAGCAUCUUGAUGAGGUCGAUCCACACGGAGAGUUCAUGCUGUUGAAGGCCAUGGUGGACCGCCUCAAGAACGAUGCAAAGCUUGCGUAUGCUCUCGGCAUUGAAGUCUCGGCAGUACAGUCGCCAUUGAAACACAACACCAAGACCAGUGAUACUAGUCUGGGCGGCACAACUGUCCAUGGCUCAGGCACAACACGUGUCCGGUCCAGUACCACAAGUGCGGCUACUUCGACCGUUAGCAAGUCUUCGGAUGAGUACGAUCCCGCUCCCAUAUCGACACCGACGCGGAACAACACACCCAUCGCCAACUCGGGCUCUCCAUUGAAGGGACCAAAGCUAGUCAUGGCGAAGAACAACCCUCACCUCAAAUCUCACAAACGUCGCCAAAGCGCUUUUGUAGUUGGCGAAAAGGGCUUUAGUGCUGAUGGCCACGGUUACUUCGAUGAGAAGAAGCUACCUGGCUAUGUCGAGCCUGGUAUGGAGCAGCAAGGGCUGCUAGCGGACAUCCUCUAUGGGCAAUGGACACAAGGUCUACGUACCCGAUGGCCUAUCGCUUAA